AAAACUAUGUAAAUGACAACCUCGUUCCCAGGGUAUUUGCUCUUGGGAACAUACAUAAUUUUACAUAAUUUUUCGUUUGCUUGACAAGAAAAUGUUUAUUCAACAUUAUAAAUAAUUAUACAGCAAGCGCUAAUUUCGCGUCUCAUGCGAUCUCUAAAUUAAGGUCCAAAUCGAUAGUCAUAUCGAACCUUUCGAAUCGAUCUCAACUAAUUUCGUAUUUCAAAUAAUAAUAGACACAAAGACUACAGUCAAGGAAACAAGGAUUCCUGGUUACAGGUACUACCAGCUGGUAUAAAUACGGUAAAUUAUGUAUUAAAUAAAUACUCUGUGUUGUUGUGAUGAGGUUACUACAAUGAUGAAUACGCUGAAGAAAGAAUUCUCGGUACAGAAAUUAUCGUUAAACUUGAACCAUGGCGAUAGCAUUUAUGAAUCUUGGGUAGGUAGUAUUAAUACAUUUGUACUCAUAUAUAGUCACAAUUCAAGACAGUAUAAACCGUGUAGUUGUACUUGUACGAAGAUUUUAGCUUUGUCUUUGCACGAGAGAUUUAUUAUUCUUCAGUUCAAUAUGGGCCUGUAGAAAAUCGCGGUAUUCGAGUCCUAGAUUUAAACGACACCUCACAAAACUCGUAAAACAGAUAGCAGUCGGAAUAUUUGACCGAGUCUAUUUAGUACGAUAUCGUGACUGAAUCAACAAAGGAACCAAAAUAUCUGUACAUGUCGCACACUCGUUGAGUUCUGGUGCAGUGAUACCGACACGUACGUCAUGCAUGCAUGCGGUUCAUGAUGCCAUACUGUAUAUACCUCAAUGAUAAUGAUAUACCUCUAACUUGCCCGAAAUAUCAAAUUAAAUAGCUGUGUAGUUAUAUCUAGUACCGAGUCAGUGCCUAUGCGGAAUUACUACGCUAGCUUUCAGGACACUGUGGAGAAAUCUUAAUUCAUUAACUGAUCAAACAGCCAAACCAGGCAUAUGGCUUUGAUCAGUAACAGAGGCAAUUAUGGAAACUAGAUUGAGUGUUGCCAAGCAAAAGAAUGUCAGGAAUUUCCUCCUUUCCGACAGAAAAGAUGCCUUUAAUCUUUUUAAUUUAUGAAGGGUCGUACGUAACAGUUAGAGUAAAACAAAUGCUAAUAAUCUUAUCAAUCGCAUUUAUAAGAUUAUUUUUUAUUUAAAUAGACAAAAAUAACUUAUGUAUUUUCUCUAAAGAGUAAAGAGCUGAUUACAUGGAGAGUUUUCAAGGCCCCCUUGGAAAAAUUCUGACCAGUACAAGCAUGUGCAUUAUAUUUUCAUUUCUUGUAAUGGAAAUUUAUAUCUUCCUAUGUUUUAAAUGCUUCUGCCUUCUGGUUCGUUUGUGAUUAUAAUAUAGCAUUUGUAAAUUCUGAACGCUGAUUGGCUGACAUUUAACAAUUAUUCGCCAAAUUAUCGGGGAAUAUUCGCCGAGACGAAGUCGAGGUGAAUAUUCCCCGAUAAUCACCGAGCCUGAGGCGAAUAAUUGUUUUAGUAUUUUUGCACAAGCUUUUGUGUUUUUUAAGACUGAAUUUAUUUUAAUUUCGCUUAUUUCUUUGUCAGUAAACUUCCACAAAACGGGUAGCCGCCAUUUUGAAAAUUUCUGUUUUGUUAUUGUCACCAGUUGUAGGUGAAUCUAACAGCUUAUUACGUCAAAUUUGACCAAUCAACGUGUAAGAUUUGUUAUGUUCACUUGUGCAAAAAUACUAAAACUCAAUGUCAACACGGAAAAUUACUUUCUUUAUAGUUCUUUGUGCUGUGUUAUUAAAAAAUAGGUAUGCAUUGCGUACAUGUGGUUAGCCAAAAGAAUUGGCAAUUGUUACAGCGUCAUAUAGCUGAUUUCGUUCAAAAUAAGUAAAUUAAGGUGGCUCCAUACACUUUUCAUCAUUGGGGGACUGGUACAUAAUCUUGAGUUUUCGCGUGAAAAUGUUAAAAAUAAUAAAAUAGAUGCAAUUUAAUGCAAAAAUAAAUACAACUUUUUCAGUCUAUAAUCCGAACCACAAAUCAUGUUUAUUUUGAUGUUUUGAGUCUUUCCUUGUUCUCAUUUGUUCUCAAAGAACAAACUUCGUCCUGAUUUAGCUCUGAACAUUGAAUAAGUAGUCUUUUUAGAAGACAUUUUAAGGUAAAAAAUGCAAUGUUCAACGUUCAAACUCUUGUGAAAACCGGCGAUCGGCUCGACCGGCGAAACGUUUUUUACUCCAAUAUUUGGCGAUUUAUAAGUUCAUAUCCAGAGAUUUUUUGUACUUACAACUGGUAAAUGUAUUCAAAGUGUUACUAACAGCAAAGGAAUUCAGUGAAACAGCAUCAUGCGCCGGCUCAAACUGUUUUAACUUGUCAACAACAUGAAAACACACAAGUUACGACUGAAAACGAAUAUAAAACUAUGUAGAAAAGCCAAAAAGUUCAUACAUGUCACACAUAUCUUAUACCAAACGACCGACAAUCACCUGUUUUCUUCGGGCGCGUUAUCCCGAUUUAGCAUGCAAAACUAAAUAUAUUUGUAUUUCUAAGCAAGAAAACACAAUAUAUAUUUGAUAUUUCGACGAGACUAAAAAGUAAAAACUUUUUUGUGCGUGUUUUUCUGGAGAUGCGCCUGCGAAAACAUGUACGCGCAUGUCAAUUCAUUGAUCUUGCAGAAUGUGAAAAACUUUGGCCGCGCGGAAUAAAACCGUGAUUAUUUCCAAAACGAGUUCGGUAAGGUACCCUGAAAAUUUGUACAUGAGUAGAUAUCUACAUACUUCAAGAUUUCAUGAUGGAAAAAUAAAAAAAAAAUUGUCGACAGAAACUGUCAAAAAAGUCGAAAUUUAAUUCUAAAGAAUUGAGUCGACAGAUUUUUUUAACCCAGAAAUGUUUCUCGACACUAAGGUAACAGUUGAUUUAUUAAAAAAAAAUUGGGGUCACCGAACUCAUUUUGGAAAAAAAAACUCGAAAAACUGCGAUAUUUUCGGCUAUUUAGUGUUACCAUUAUUCGUUAUAGUUGUCAUGGAAACGCGAUUUUUAUCAGAAUUCUUCUUGUUUGCGACACGUCUUACUAUGUGUUACAAAUAUAAGUAAAACUUAACCCUGUAAAAGCAUUUAAACAGAAAAUAUUCAACUUUUGCUCCUUUGGCUAAAAAGUGUAUUGAGCCACCUUAAUUGCUCGUUUGCAAUCGAACUCAUCUUGGUUGAUUUUUCAACGAUUGAACCAUAAAAUUUUUAUUCUUCAUUCUUUGUCGUAUGAAGCCAGAUACAGUAUAACAUAGCCAUAAUACAUGCAGCGACUUUUUUAAAAACAAACCAGAAAAUAUUAAAUUAACUCUACUACUUCCUCGUGAACGGCUAAAAUAAAAUUUUAAAACUCUUUCUCGCUCAGUCCCAAGCAUCGUAGGUCGCUAGAAGCUGCCAACCUUUGGAUGUUCAUAUCUUGAGUUGAGCUUGAAAAAUAUGCCCGGCCACCAACACAGAAAACAAUUAGAUAUUCUGAAAUACCGAAUAAAAGAUGCAAAUCUGUAGAUAUAAACUUGAAAAUAACACUCUGAAUAGUGUUUUGGAUUGUGAUUCGAACAAGACUAUUACGAAAAUAUGUUGAAAGGGGCCGAAGUUCUGUUCGGCGUAAGGUUAUGAGGCUAUGCACUUAUGCCUUAGUAAUACAUUGACAUUGUUUACAUUGUUCGGGAAAAUUGUGUGAAAUAUAGUAUCGCUUGACUUCUAAAGAUCGUAAAUCAUGUUCAUGUUGACAUUUUACUAAAACCAUCCAUAGGAAUUGUUUCACUGAAUUGAACGGUGGUAUAUUCAUCCACAUAGCAUACACUGAAGCAAAGAUAUGAACCUGCAAAGUAAGAUUGGCAACCUCGUUCCCAGGGCCUUUUUUUCUUUCUGUUCCCUGGGAACGAGGUUGUAAGAUUGGUUUAAAUUUAAUUAUGCGCAAACGAAAGAGUAUGCCUAAUGCCUUUAACUACAAAAUUUCAUAAACCAACGGCUCUUUCGUAUGCCUUUAACUACCAAAUUCCAUAAACGGCUCUUUCGUAUGCAAUUGUUGUCAAUAAGUGCUGCGCUUACUCGGCAGGCGGUACUUAAACGAGUAAAUAAUGGUCGCCAAUAUAAUCUCAUUACAGGUGUUACCACCAUGGGCUUUACUUCUCCUUCGACUUUGUAUAUCCACAUUUUGUGUAACCAUUAUGAUUGUUAGUAUUGCUCGAGGAGCGGAUUCAAGAUGGCUGAUUUACCUCACAAAUUGGAGCUAUUUCCUGCUUACUAUGUCAAUGAUCGGACUAACGCUAAUUAGCAUAUUCCACGUUUUGAAGAACAAAAAGGACUCGGAAAAUAAUUGGCGAAGGGAAGAGUACUUAAUGAAGAACACCAAAACUGUAUCAGAUACUCAAAUCACAGUUACUGAAAUUCCAGAUACGGAAUUGCCAAUGCCUUUGGAUGAUGGUGGGUGUAUUGUUACACCAUCUUUAGUCUGGUACGAGAAGACCGUGUGGUUUCUGUGGGUUAUUUCAGCCAACGCAGGUUUGGUUGUCACCGUUGAGUACUGGUUACUAGUAUUCAGACCUCCAACAAGCUUUAUGGAUAUAUCUGUUCACGCAUUAAAUUCAUUUUUUAUUCUGACCGAGUUAUUCACUGGAAAACUACCUGUCCGUAUUUUACACUGGGUUUACGUGAUGAUAUUUUCUAUAAUUUAUGCUGUGUUUACUAUAAUUUACUGGGCAGUUGGCGGAGUGAAUGGUAGAGGAGACCCCUUUAUUUACCACAUAUUAGACUACGAAAAUGGCAAGCCUGGUUCAAUAGCGGCUGUGUUGAUUUGUUCUGUUUUUAUUGUUGCGCCUUUGGUACAGUUUAUUUUAUACGGAUUACACCGAAUUAGACUUCGGAUGGACAAGAAGAAAAAUACCAACAAUAACAAUAUCAAUAAUGUAGUUAUUUGAUAAAUAUUUAUUAUUUUGUUGUAGAAACAUAUGUUAGUAUAAUGAAAAACGUAAAAUUAAAAUGAUUCGCCUGAAAGGUGCGUGAAUUCAGUUCAUCUUCCCAAAUUGAAAAAUAGGUACAUAAGCGUACAUGUAUCUGCGCUCACUCAAAUGCUGUAUUUCUUCGUGUUGUUGUAUUUGUUGACUGUACUUUUUCAUUAUACUUGUUAUCACCAUUGUUAUUCUUGUUCACGUACGAAUUGUAGUUGUGAUUGUUGUUGAUGGACUUGUUCAAUAAUCUAGCUUAGUAUAUCUCAAGAUAGUAUUACAGUUAUAAAUGCAUGUU